GUUAAAUAGCAUUCGGAAGUAUUCGACAUGCUAGUUAGCUACAUAUUGUUUUAGCUAGUAGGUGCUCCGGUUGUGCUGUGUAGAUCCAAGAGUACCGAGUAAAAAAACCCAAACAAACAAUUUCACCACACAGCAUUACCGUUUACUAGCUAUUUUAUGCGGCACGAGAAUAUCAUUUAGCUAGGUAUCGAGUAAUCUAACAGCAUCUUUCUAGCUAGCUAGCGGUAGCAGCUAUUUAGCUAGGUUAGUUAGCUACAAGUAGCUUAUUAAUUUAUUAUCGUUACUUGGCUAACAAGCUGAAAUAGAAAAUGCAGGAAAUAAUUGCGAGUGUUGAUCACAUAAAGUUUGAUCUGGAAAUUGCUGUCGAACAGCAAUUAGGUGCUCAACCUUUGCCGUUUCCAGGAAUGGAUAAAUCAGGCGCUGCUGUGUGCGAGUUCUUUAUGAGGGCGGCUUGUAUGAAAGGCGGAAUGUGUCCUUUCCGGCACAUUAGUGGAGAAAAGACUGUUGUUUGUAAACACUGGCUUCGAGGGUUAUGCAAGAAAGGGGACCAGUGUGAAUUUUUACACGAAUAUGACAUGACGAAGAUGCCAGAAUGCUACUUCUACUCCAAAUUUGGUGAAUGCAGUAAUAAAGAAUGUCCCUUCUUGCAUAUUGAUCCUGAAUCUAAGAUCAAAGAUUGUCCAUGGUACGACAGGGGAUUCUGCAAGCAUGGUCCAGAUUGCCGACACAGACACACGAGAAGAGUCAUCUGUGUUAAUUAUCUAGUAGGCUUCUGUCCUGAGGGCAAAUCAUGCAAAUUUAUGCACCCACGUUUUGAGUUGCCUAUGGGUGCGACUGAACAGCCGCCACUGCCUCAGCAAGGCCAGAUUCAGCAGAAGCAAAAUAUACAGAACCAGAACAGAUCAUCAUUAUCACUGAUCCAGUUAACCAACACCAACUCCGGUAUCAAUGCCAAUCAUCAAAAAACACAUGUUCUUGGGGCAACACAGAAUCAGAACAUGGGUGGCCCCCGUGGCCCACGUCCAUUGGAUCAAGUUACAUGUUACAAGUGUGGUGAGAAGGGGCAUUAUGCAAACAAAUGCACAAAAGGACAUCUGGCUUUCUUAAGUGGACAGUAACACCUAUCUGCAGAAGGCAUUGCCAGUAAACUGCUGGAAUUUCCUCUUAAGAUAUAUGAGGACUGAUUAUAUUGGUGUUUUUUUGCUGGAAUGACUAUAGUGGAUAUUUUAGUUAAGAUACUCUGUCAACCACAUUUGCUAAGCAGUCCUUUUACAGGGCAAAUUUGUUUCCCUGACAGUAUCACUUAUCAGAUGAAGUAACAAGGCAUUUCAGAACUGAUAAAUAAAAAAUAUUCCUACUUCCA